GACGUCGGUGGCUCGCCCGGCCCGGGUGACCUCACCGCCCCCGACGGCAGCCGUGGGCCCGGGGGGCGGGGAGAGGCGGGGGCGGCCCGGCGCGCAGGCAAAGGCUCGCGGGGGCCCCGGGGCGCGGUUGCUGCAAGCUCUCGCCGGAACCGAGCCCAGCCGAGCGCCCGUCCGCCCUGCUGUCCGCUGCCCGCUGCGUGCGCUCCGCGCCAUGGCCGGCCUCAACUCGCUGGAGGCGGUGAAACGCAAGAUCCAGGCCCUGCAGCAGCAGGCGGACGAGGCGGAGGACCGCGCGCAGGGCCUGCAGAGAGAGCUGGAUGGCGAGCGCGAGCGGCGCGAGAAAGCCGAAGGCGAUGUGGCAGCUCUCAACCGACGCAUCCAGCUGGUGGAGGAGGAGCUGGACCGGGCUCAGGAGCGCCUGGCCACAGCCCUGCAGAAGCUGGAGGAGGCUGAGAAGGCGGCCGACGAGAGUGAGAGGGGAAUGAAGGUGAUUGAGAACCGGGCCAUGAAGGAUGAGGAGAAGAUGGAGAUCCAAGAAAUGCAGCUCAAAGAGGCGAAGCACAUUGCCGAGGAAGCCGACCGGAAAUACGAGGAGGUGGCCCGGAAGUUGGUCAUUCUGGAGGGUGAGCUGGAAAGGGCAGAGGAGCGCGCCGAGGUGUCCGAGCUAAAAUGUGGCGACUUAGAAGAGGAACUCAAGAAUGUCACAAACAACCUGAAGUCACUGGAGGCCGCGUCAGAAAAGUACUCUGAAAAAGAGGAUAAAUACGAAGAAGAAAUUAAACUUCUGUCUGACAGAUUGAAGGAGGCCGAGACCCGUGCCGAAUUUGCAGAGAGAACGGUUGCAAAACUGGAGAAGACCAUUGACGGCCUAGAAGAAAAACUCGCCCAGGCCAAAGAAGAGAAUGUUGGAUUACAUCAAACACUGGACCAGACAUUAAACGAACUUAACUGUAUAUAAGCCACAGC